GAUCACACAAUGCGAGCGCCGCAGCCGGACACCCGCAGCACCCCGAGCCCGCUCGCUGACUGACUGUCCCGCUCAUCGCCUAGCUCGUCUACUCUGACCUUCAUCGGCCCGGGAGUAAGGGGCCGGCGGCGGGGGGCAAGACUUCCAUUCAUUGGUCCCGCAGCGGCCUCCUGCGGGCUUAGCUCCCGGAGUGAGGCGGGUGACAUGGAGGCUGAGGACUCGGAGCUGCUGCUGCUGCCGUACAUUGCGGGUGCCUGCUGCCUGUCCCUCACGUCUGAGCGGCGGCGGUGCUGCUGACCCGGAGCCCUCGCGUUUAAUCCACACUACGACAGGCGAUUACUAUUAUUACUACUACUACUACACCCCGGGGACACCCGCGGGCGUCUGCGUCACGUGACUGCGCCCCUUCUAUCACAGGGGAGGUAUCUGGGGUCACAACCUCCUCCCUCAUCUCGGGUCACGCUGCUCGGUGUCAUCCCGGGGCUGAACCAAAGAACAACCCCCCCACAUUCUCCCGGGGGGACCGGGCAAGGUCACGGGGCACGAACUGUACACCCGUUAGCCGUCUGUCGGGUCAGUGUGUGUGUGGGCUCCGCCGCCAUCUUUAUCCCGGGCACUUUGGGGCUGCUGUGGAUGUGAUCGGAGUGACGGAUACUACACUUCUGUGGAGAUGAAGGCCGGAUCGGGCUGGGGGGCUCCGGCCUGGAUAUCGGGGGUCCCCCUGCUCCUACUGCUGCUGCUGUGCCUGUGCCCGGGCCAGUGCCUGGGGCCCCUGGGUGGGAAAGUUUGCAGUACCAGCAUGGACAUUCGUAAUGACGUACAGCAGCUUAAGCAAUUAGAAGACUGUGUCGUAAUUGAAGGCUACCUCCAGAUUCUGCUCAUCUCCAAUGCCAAGGCUGAGGAUUUCCGAAACAUGCGGUUCCCCAAGCUCACUGUUAUUACGGACUAUCUUUUGCUUUUCCGUGUUUCUGGCCUUGAAAGCCUGAGUGACCUCUUUCCCAAUCUGACUGUCAUCCGUGGUCGCAAUCUUUUUUAUAACUAUGCCUUGGUCAUUUUUGAGAUGACUGACCUGAAGGAGAUUGGGCUGUAUAGCCUGAGGAACAUUACUCGUGGUGCUAUUCGGAUUGAGAAGAACUCUGACUUGUGUUACCUUUCUACUGUGGAUUGGUCGCUGGUUCUGGAGGCUGUCUACAACAACUAUAUUAUCGGUAAUAAGCCACCAAAGGAGUGUGGUGACAUGUGCCCCGGGGUCAUGGAGGAUAGGCCACUUUGUACAAAAACAACCAUCAACAAUGACUAUAUGUACCGCUGCUGGUCAGCAGAUCACUGCCAGAAAGUGUGCCCCAGCGAGUGCGGGAAGCUAGCGUGCUCGGACCAGAAUGAGUGCUGCCACCCCGAAUGCCUAGGAAGCUGCACCACUCCAAACAACGACAGCGCUUGCGUGGCCUGCCAGCAUUUCUACUACGAGGGCAAAUGUGUCCCAAGCUGCCCUGAGAAUACCUACAGCUUUGAGGGAUGGCGCUGUAUCUCCUUAGAAGACUGUGUUAAUGUGCACACCUUAUAUUCUGGAACGAACCCCUUUAUCAUCCAUAACGGUGAAUGCAUAGACGAAUGCCCAUCUGGGUAUAUUAACAAUGGCAGUGUGUUCUGCAGUCCCUGUGAUGGGCUCUGUCCAAAAAUCUGUGACUCUGGGGAGAAAACCAUUGACUCUGUCACAUCAGCGCAGAUGUUGGAAGGGUGCACCGUGCUGAAAGGAAACCUGCUGCUCAACAUCCGCAAGGGCCAAAAUAUUGCUGCAGAGCUGGAGAAUUUCCUCGGCCUGAUCGAGACUGUGACCGGAUAUGUGAAAAUCCGCCACUCCCAUGCAUUGGUGUCGCUAUCUUUCCUGAAAAGCCUGCGCUACAUCAAUGGAGAGAACCAGACGGAUGGGUUUUACUCAUUUUAUGUUCUGGACAACAACAAUCUUCAGCAACUGUGGGACUGGUCCAAGCACAACCUCACCAUCAAACAAGGCAAGAUGUACUUUGCAUUUAACCCCAGGCUAUGUUUAAAAGAGAUCUACGAAAUGGAAAAUGCAACUGGAACCAUAGGAAGGCAGAACCAACUGGAUAUAAAUCGCAGAAAUAAUGGAGAUAUGGCUCCCUGUGCGACCGUCACUCUGAAAUUCAUCUCCAACAGCACAAGUAAGAACAGAAUACUCUUGACGUGGGAGCGUUACAAGCCCAAGGAUUAUAGAGACCUCAUCAGCUUCACUGUCUACUAUAAAGAAGCCCCUGUUCCUAAUGUGACUGAAUAUGACGGUCAGGACGCAUGUGGGUCCAACAGUUGGAACAUGGUGGAUGUGGACCUGCCAGAGAAAAAUGAUCAGAACCCAGGCAUUCUUCUGCAGGGCCUGAAGCCCUGGACUUCCUAUGCAAUCUUUGUAAAAGCCCUUACUUUGACCAUGGUGGAGGACCAUCAGAUUCAUGGAGCCAAGAGCAAAAUUGUUUACAUACGUACAGAUGCUUCAGUGCCCUCCAUUCCUCUGGAUGUCAUCUCUGCCUCGAAUUCAUCCUUUCAGCUGAUUGUGAGGUGGAAGCCUCCCUCUUUGCCAAAUGGCAACCUCUCCUAUUACAUUGUGCGCUGGCAGCAGCAGCCUCAGGACAGUUACCUGUACCAAGACAACUACUGCUCUAAAGAUAAAGUCCCUAAUCGAAAAUAUGCUAAUGGCACCAUUGACAUGGAGGAAGAAAAUGAGCUAACGAAGCAAGAAUCGGGAGAUGGACCAGAAAAGGGAACUUGCUGCGCUUGUCCUAAAACUGAGGCGGAGAAGAAAGCUGAAAAGGAUGAAGCAGAGUACAGGAAGGUGUUUGAGAACUUCCUGCACAACUCCAUCUUUGUGCCACGGCCUGAUCGCAGACGACGUGACGUGUUCGCUGUUGGCAAUGCAACACUGCCUGACUUCACCAGAAAUGGCACUACACAAGACCUCUUGAACACGUCAGACUCUGAACCGAACGAGAUGGAGUAUCUGUUUUUUGAGACAAAGGUGGACCAUAAAUACCAGAGAACUGUUAUCUCAAAUCUGAUGCCAUUUACUCUGUACCGGAUCGAUAUCCACAGCUGUAACCACGAGGCAGAAAGACUUGGUUGCAGCGCUUCCAACUUUGUGUUUGCCAGAACCAUGCCCGCAGUUGGUGCGGAUAACAUACCUGGACCCGUCAUCGUUGAGGAAUCCGAUGAUAAUGCCAUUGUCCUGAAGUGGCCUGAGCCCCCUCAUCCCAAUGGACUCAUCCUGAUGUAUGAGAUUGAUUACAAGCAGCAGGGGGAGCUUCUCAGCAGUGAAUGUGUCUCCAGACAAGACUACUAUAAGAUGGGAGGUGCCAAACUUACCAGACUAAACCCAGGCAACUAUACUGUGCAAGUGCGAGCCAUAUCGCUCUCUGGAAAUGGUUCCUGGACGGAGAUGGUGUCUUUCUAUGUGAAGGAGAGAGUUGUUGAAAGUGACAAUCUCCUGCACCUGGCUGUGAUUCUACCCGUCACCACAGUGAUUUUGCUUGUGAUCGUCUCUUUGAUCGCCUGCUAUGUUACAAGGAAGAGGUACAAUGAGCGACUAGGCAAUGGAGUGUUAUACGCCUCUGUGAACCCUGAAUACUUCAGUGCAGCGGAGAUGUAUGUGCCCGACGAAUGGGAGGUGCCUCGGGAGAAGAUAACAAUGAACCGCGAGCUGGGACAGGGAUCAUUUGGAAUGGUGUAUGAAGGGAUUGCAAAGGGGGUGGUGAAAGAUGAAGCAGAAACCAGAGUGGCGAUAAAAACUGUGAAUGAGGCCGCCAGCAUGAGGGAAAGGAUUGAGUUCUUAAACGAGGCUUCGGUGAUGAAGGAGUUCAACUGUCACCAUGUGGUACGUUUGUUAGGUGUUGUUUCUCAAGGCCAACCAACCCUUGUCAUCAUGGAAUUAAUGACUCGUGGAGACCUCAAAAGCUAUUUGAGAUCUUUAAGACCAGACGCAGAGAGUAACCCUGGGCAGCCUCCCCCUUCCUUGAAGAAAAUGAUCCAGAUGGCAGGAGAGAUUGCAGAUGGGAUGGCAUAUCUCAAUGCAAAUAAAUUUGUUCACAGAGACCUAGCAGCCAGAAACUGCAUGGUGUCUGAAGAAUUCACAGUCAAAAUCGGAGACUUUGGAAUGACUCGAGACAUAUACGAGACAGAUUAUUAUCGAAAGGGAGGAAAAGGUCUCCUUCCAGUGCGCUGGAUGUCACCAGAAUCUCUCAAAGACGGUGUCUUCACCACUCACUCUGAUGUCUGGUCAUUUGGUGUAGUCUUAUGGGAGAUAGCUACACUGGCUGAGCAGCCAUACCACGGCAUGUCCAAUGAGCAGGUCCUCCGAUUCGUCAUGGAAGGAGGUCUCUUGGAGAAGCCAGAUAACUGCCCAGAUAUGCUGUUUGAGUUGAUGCGCAUGUGCUGGCAAUACAACCCUAAAAUGAGGCCCUCAUUCCUGGAAAUAAUCAACAGCAUUAAAGACGAGAUUGAUCCAGCGUUCAGAGAGGUGUCGUUUUUUUAUAGUGAGGAGAACAAACCUCCAGAUACAGAGGAGCUGGACCUGGAGGCAGAGAACAUGGAGAGCAUUCCAUUGGAUCCAUCAUGUACCUUGCAGACAUCUGAACAUCUCGUGGGACACAAGGCCGAGAAUGGCCCAGGUGUAGUUGUCUUAAGAGCAAGCUUUGAUGAGCGGCAACCAUAUGCACACAUGAAUGGGGGGCGCAAGAACGAGAGGGCACUACCUCUCCCCCAGUCUUCAGCCUGCUGAUCUAGGUUUGAGGUCUGAUGAACAUUGGUAGUAUAGCCCCUUGUGUGCAUCUUAGACUUAACGCGCAGGAGGCUUCCUCCAUAUCCGUGCAAACACUAAUCCACUUUCUCUUAUGGUUGGGCUUCAGUUGUCAACAGAGUUGGCACUGGUGUACUUGGAGGACAUGGUACAUCAGGCCAGUGCCCCCUCUAACUGUGCGUCACGGUAAGCCUGUAACUGCUCUCACACAACAAAGAUGAAAGCACUUCUUUCCCUUCAAGUUUUGGGCCAGAGUGAAGCAAACAGACUACUUUUUACCUUUGGCCCAAUCUAAGAAAGACUAGUACAAUUCAAGCAUAAUGCAACCCAGAGAUUUAUUUAAUUCUGACAGUCUUUGCCAAAUAGAUUUCUUGUUUUUUAUUUUUUGUUAUAGCAGUGUGGAUGUAUAAAGUCCCUUUUCAUAUCACAAACCCAUGCACACUUUAAUACAUUUUUUUUUUUUUGUCUAAUGGGGAACUUGCUAUCUAAAAUUUUUAUUUUAUUAGUUUUUUUUGUUUUGCGUGUGAUGAGGUGGGAAGUGGAAUAAUCCUGUAAAUAUAUACAUAUAUGUAAAGUAAUGCAUUCUGGAGAAAACUGGCAAAAUGUCACAACAUGUCACAAUGAAAUGCAGGCAGGGGGUUUACAGUAAAGUGGAAAACUGUACGUGUGAAGCGAUCAUGGAGGAUCUAGCGAUGAAAUGGGAUAUUUGAUAGACAGCUGUGUAUCCCGGUUUUUAGGUUUAAUUGGAAAUUUGAGGUUCUGUUUGUGUUGGAAAUAUUGUAGAACACGAGACUUUCCUGCAAACCCCGGCCAUCUCCACAUCUCUAAACUUACUUUCUUGCACCUCAUACAUAUAUACGAUUAUUAGGGGUGGGAAUGUUUUUUUCUCGCGACGACUUUAUAGAAGGUCCUUACAGUUCAGUGUGAGGUCAUAGCGUCAUUAACAUACACAUUUUGUGUCCCUUUUAUAAAUUUUUUAUGGUUCAGAUAUUCAUCUAUGUCUGUACAGAAAAAGGCUGCUAUUUUUUCUUUAUCUUUUGUGUAUUUAAUCUAUUAUAGAAAAAAAAAAGUUUAAAAAAUGCACCUUCAGGUCUACUCUUCCAUCUCCUCAUGUUCCUAUCAAGCCGCUUCUCUUUUCUCACACACACAAACACACACUUUGCUAGAGACAUCAAUUUACUGGGAUGGGAGAUUUUGGACUAUUGCAUUAUUCUGUGCCACUUCAACACAUAAUGCCCCCACCACCUCACAUUGUGCACCUCCCACAUAUGAACUUGUAGUAUUAUCCAUUUGUUUAAUGCCUUUUUUGUGUACUUUUUUUAUUUUAUUUUUUAUUAGAUGGUUUCCUACAGGUGUUAGGGAAGGGUGGUGGGGUAGAGAAAAGUGUCUUACGAUACAGUGUAUAUCCUUCGUCCUAUGUACUUUUAUCGCCUCACACAGCGACCAUUCUGUGAUAAUGCAAUGCAUCAAAACAGAAACUCAGGUUAAAAGAAAAAAAUAUAUAAUCGUACAGUUUAAUCUUUACUAAAUUCUCUGUCCCUGUAGUCAGUUGUCAGAGCCAGAACAUUUCACUGGCAGCUUGAGACGGGACAGCUUACAUAUUUCCAGAUCUAUCGUCUGUAUGUGUACUUGUGUGGAUUAUUAGAUACAUCUCCAUGCUUCAAGUCUCCACUUGUAUUUUGGGAGCUCCUUUUCAGUGAAAAACCCUUCAGACCCAAGGAUGAACUGUAUCUGAUACACAGACCAAAUUUUUUUGACAUGAAAUUGAUUCCAUGCAGCGUGUCUGUCUUCAAGUGCAGCAGGCCCACCCUGUGGUUCCUUAUUGUAUCUACAGGAACAGCAUAAAACCAAGGCAAUGCAUUAGAAACAAUGGCGCUUCCUUAGCCGCCUCCGUCUUACCUGUGAUGUAUUGUCCAAUAUAUAUGCACUGGGCUGAAUGUUUUAUAGACGUCACUUGCUAUUCUUCAUGUCUGCAACCAUGAAGAACUAUUAUCGUCCCAGUGCACCAAAAAGCAGAAGACUGGGCAUUGAUAUCUUUUCUGCUGCAUUGCACCGUGGCAUGUACUGUCAAAUUUUUAUUAAUGCACAUUGACUUGUCCAGUUAUGUUUCAACGUAAAAUAUCAUCUAUUCCCCCCCCCCCCCCCCCCAGAAAAAUCAGUACAUGCAGUUUUUGGAAAAAUUUCAUUUAAAAUUAAUUAGAAGCAAAACGAUGGGCUCCCGUUCAAGAAACCAAGUGCAGUUAUGUAAUGUUAUUUUACUCCAUGGGCUCAUGCCUUAUGCAACACAGGUGAGGCAGGAUACAAUACAACUAAUAACCCUUCCAACAUUGCAAGUCUGUUCAUAUAUUGAUCUAUAUAUAGUGCAGGGUAAAUUGAGAAAUGUCCACUUCAAGAAGCAUCAGUGUUUUACAGAGACAACCAUACUCGUGUGCCUUGCUCCUUGCUGCACUUGAAGACUUGACCUUAGUCCAUAUUUAGACCAAAUCUUUCAAACGUGAUAUGACACAGGAUGCCAAAAAUGUGCUGUACCCAUUGGAAGUAAUCUGAAAGCAGGCCAUAUAAGAGAUCUACAAUACUAAUAUUGGUGCACUUAAAGGGGUUCUUUGGAAAUGAGUUUUUCGCCAGCACCCUGCCUUUCUAAAUAGAAGAUUCAUACCUGCCUGCUCCCCCGUCUCUCUGUUCUCCACAGUGUUUACAUCCACUGCAGCGUCAUAUGCUCCACUGAAGCCAAUGACUGGCUUCAGCAGUGACGUGGCCCCAAGCAGCAUGUCACUGCUGAAGCCAGUAGUUGGCUACAGCAGAGCAUGUGACCGUGCGCCAGAUGUUAACACUGCGGAGACCAGAGGCAAUGGGGAGCAGAUAUAAAUCUUCUGUUUAGAGAGGCACUUGCGGAAAACUCACUAUUCCUGGAGAAUCAUUUUAAAAUUGCAUGGAGUUGCCGAAACAGCCCCAUGGAAACUGCAGUCUCUGUAGUUCUGGCCAUAACAUCCAGGCUGGACGGGGUCAGGGGAUAUGUCCCUGGGGUGGGACCUGCAUCUGUCUAUAUUUGAGGUUGGAAAUACUACUUUAAAUCCUGAGAUUUCAGGGGCUCCAGUGGUGGUCCUCCCAUCAAGCCAAAAGUGAUGACAUAUGAGUGACUUAGUGCAGGUCUUGGGUCCUCUCAUAUGCAGGCGUGCCUUAUGCAGAUAUAGGGGGAACCCAGUCCAGGACUGAUCAUUUAUAUAAGUGUCUCAAGAGCAUGGUGGCAUUUAGUGUGCUUCUCCUGCUCUAGAGAUACAGAGCAUGCACCAUGAUAAAAUCUAGACGUGUUAACAUUUGGGGGUGCUGUGGGGCAGGUCAGUAUUAGAAAGUCGCUAAUUUCUUGCCUACAUCAGAGGAGCUGCGGGGAAUUUAGGCUUUUAAAAAGCUUCUUGGUAGCCACAUAGCUGCAGUCAAUUCACUGGCUGCUAACUGCAUUAUACUACUACAGUAGAGCAGAUGGGAAGUGUUAAAAGUAGACCCUCUAUAGCUUAGUGGUGAAUUCAGAUUGCAUAUGCAGUAUGGGAAUUCCUAUGUGCCUUCAUACUGAUUUGGCUACUGGCAGUAUAUAAUGCAGUCCCUUAUAAUUCCACUCCCUAAAACGUUAGCCAAUAGGUGGAGGAAAGAAUAACAUGAUUACUUUCUAUGGAUUGCAGCAGAUUUAGUGGUCACCCAUCAUGUUGAGUAAGCCUUCUGAUAUUUGCUUUGGGGUGUCGGAGUUUUUCGCUUUUUAACGCUUCGGUUACUGACAGGUUGUUGUCUGUAUACGAUGAAUGUUUGUAGAAGUGCUUGUUCUUUUCCUGUUGAAGCAUUCUGUAUCUGAUCUCAUCUUGUAUAUUGUUCUUACCCUGCGGCCCCUAAGCCUAAGAAGGUAUUCUAUGUAGGAUUUUUUUUUUUUUUUUUUCCGUUUUCUAAUUUAUUGUUCUCAUUGGUUUUGGUCACUGUAAAAAUGCCCCAACACAUUCUUAUGUAUUGAGAGAGUUAUUUUUUUUUUUUUCUUGUAAAUGACAGGGGACAGUUUUCAAUAUUAUUUUCCCAAACAUUUAUCUACCUCACUCUUUAUUUUUUUAUAUGUGUAAAUAUCUAUAUAUAAACCUAUACAUACAUAUAUAUAUAUAAAAUGAAAAAAAAAAAUAUCAACAUCUCACAUUUCUCAGCAGUUGACAAUAAACCAUAGAACCGGUAACCUCAUACACUACUCAAGCCACAAAAUGCUGUUACAGAGAGGAGGGAGAGGCGAUCUGCCAUUCUAACUUACUGGGGUGCAUUAGGGUGUGCAGGGUAUUCGUCUUUCUUGGCGAUACGCUGUAUGUUACAUAUUGAAACCACCAUAUAUGAAGUCUGGCCAUCUAUGGGGGAUGCAUAUCUUUAGUCAAAGUGGUGGUAACAAUUCACCUCUCCAGCUGUAGCUGGACUAUACAGCCAUAAUGCUCAGAUACUGGAGCUUCAAAGGUUGUCUACUUUUUGUAAUAAAAUUUGUUUCCUGGUUUUGUACAUUGAAGAAAAUGUAUUGACCAUAGCAGUCAAGUAGUCAAGCAUCUUGUUAUAUACUAUUGGCAAAGUGAUCCUAUAUUUGAAGCAUCUUUGUUCUGUGCCUAACCAAUAUGCUGCUUGUCAGUUCACCAGAAACCAACCUUAUCGCAGAAGGACGAGGUAUUCUGUAAGUUUCGUCCAGGCUCAUACACGUAUGAUAGUCAUGGUUUAAAUUAAAAAAAAAAAAAAAAAAACAGAAAUAGAUACCAAAGGCCAAUGCUGUUCUUCUGAUUCCUGUUUUGCAGUCACAAGUGAACUACACUUAUGCAACCACAUUUUCCCAGAACAUUUUAGAAUAUAUUAACUGUGGACAGCACCCAUCACUUGGAAUAUCGAAGAAUUGUGCUUUUCUUUUCUGUUCUGUUAAUCCACACCGGGAAGUUAUAACCUUUGGCACUCUAGCUUUACGACGUUUUGGUAGAAAAUAUAUGCUGCUUUUUCUAAAUAAGGCCUUACAGCUGGGAAUCUUCUAUGCAAGUUACUAAUAUUAUCAGCUGGUAGGGACAAAGAAGCGAAAAAAAAAAAAAAAGCUUGCAUCCCAAGUUUUUUAGCAAUACUUAGAAUGUCAUUGGUUAAUGUUUAAAACAUGUCUGGGGUCAGUCACUGUAUGAGCAGAAAAGGGCAUUUGCCCAGUUCUCUCUCUAAUGAAGGGAUGGAUAACAAUCCAUUACUGUACUGAAGUUUGAUGUGGCUUGGUUUCACUAAUGUUACAGGAUUUUUGGAUAUAGAUUGUUUCGGAAUGAUGUGCACCUGGUGAUGACCUCUACAUGGCGAUUGCCUCACCCCCCUCUCUCUCUGUCGCACAUACUGCUAAACUGUUUCCUCAGAUCUCAGUAAACUAUGAGGGUUAUGUUAAAAAAAAUAUAUAUAUAUAUUUUUGGAUGUACAGUAAGGAAAAAAAGUUAAAAUGGCAUAAAUACAAAGCUUCAUAUUCAAAUUGUAUAUUUAAAUUACAGGUAUCCUGCUAGAAUGAUGGGGAUUUGGUGUACACUUGUCAAAUUCAGUACUAAUUUCAUUAUGGCCAGUGGAGAUCUUGAUUUCCCAAUAGCAGAACAGGAAUUGCUUAGAGGUGGGGGUCAGCGAAGGUGAUCAACCUAUUGAGGUACUUAUUCCCUAAUACAAUGUUAAUUGCAGAAUUGCCCCUUUUUGGCAACAGGAGCAAUUUAAAAGUAAUGCCUGGGAACCAGAAGCUACCGGUGGUCCUGUGACAAUUUAUAGCUUGUAAAUCCCUCAGGCUGUUGUACGUUUAGAUUGCUCCAACUACUAAGAAUUGUUAAAAUAAUCAGAAUUCCAAGCUCAAAAAUUGCCGCUGCUAGUUUGUAUAUGCCUAAUAAGGGUACCUAAACCUUUACUGAAACCAUGAUGGUGCAGCAGUGCUUCUCAGAGCGUUCUCCGGCUUCCGUCAGCUCUGCUAUUCUAGCAUGCAGAAUAUGGAUCUGUACUCUACACGCUGGAAGAGCAGAGCCAAUGGCAGCCAAAAAUACAGUGUGUUGCUUCACCUUUGUGCUUACAGUAAGGUUAAGUACCCUUUAAGGAGCAUGGUCUUUAUAAUGCUAACAAGCUACUGUUGGUAAUAGUUGUUUUUCUUUAGGCAGUGAGGAAAAUAAAUAGAAUUUUGCCCAUUUCCCAACAACGUUGAUCAGUAAAUAUUGGCACAUGGUCACCAUGACUGGCUUAAUUUUUGGUGACAUACAGAAACAUACCAAUAUCCCUUUCCAUUUAUCUCUCAUUGAGUGCACAGCAAGGUAACGUAUCACUUUUUCAUAGACACGUGUACCUUUACUUGAAAGGGUUUUUCCAGGUUAUGGCAUCAUUAUAUUAUGAAUGGGGGUCCAGCUGCUGGUGCACCCCCUCUGAUGACAGGGCUAGGUAAAGCCCUUGUUUCCCAUCACAUCACUCAAUGAUCUAUAAUAGUGUUGAGCGAAGCAAGCUUCGGAUGCUUCAUCAGAGCCCAUACAUUCUAAUACUGUAACGGAUUCCGAAGUUUUGAAUGAAGCGACUUCAGAUGAAGCAUCCGAAGCUUGCUUCGCUGAACACUAAUAUAACCACCAUUACUUACUGUGGUUGGAAAAACCCUUUCAAUCAGGUAGUUGACUCUAAAAAGCUUGCCACAGACUAAGGCCAGGUCCGCACAAGUGUAUUUCAGACCAGUGUCCUGACCCACCUUGAGUUUACAGACCCACGUACUGCUGUACGUUCAGGUCAGUUAAACCCAUGGUCCAGCUAGUUUACAUCCGAAAUACAAACCAUAGUGUGUUUUAGAAUGCAGUUGUGAAGUCCUGGCCUAAUAAUCCCAUUAAUUAAUAGCCAGGUCCCAUUGGAAUCAGUAGGAUCUGUGAGGGCUGCUGGCAAUGGAAGCAACUAUCUUAUAGGUUAAAUUUCCCUGAGACUGAUCCAUUCCCUAAAGAGCAGCAACAGAGGGAUCUUUACAGGACAAGUAGCACUCAGGAAUAUAUAUAUUGCCCAUAACACAGGUACCUGUGCCAUUUAUAGCAGUGGUAUUAGAGGCUUUAUGCUAUCAAUGCCUGAUUGCAUAAGAAAAUUAUUGUAGCAAAAGAUGUACAAGGCAUAAUGGAAGGUAUCACACAGCAGGAUCACAGUACUAAGAUCCUCAGGGACCUCUUCUCCUCGAUGUCUGGCCAGUGAACUCACCAGCACAGGUCUUGCAAUAGGGUAUGAUUAUGCUUCAAAGAGAGACAAUUGGCCAUAGUGUGGUUGUGCUACUAGAAGUUACCCAUUCUUCACAGGUCUGAAGUAUAAAGGAAAGACCUUAAGGAAGCAAAAUCUGAACCAUAUGCCAUUCUGCAAAAUAUUUAAAAUAAAGCAUCCAUUCGGUGUUGUCAUUAUGUCUGCCCUAAUCUGGUAAACCCUGUAUGUUCAUCUGACAGGUAUGUGUGUUAACUGAGGAGCAGGAGAUACAGAACUGAUUUUUUGUUUUGUUUUUUGUAACAUUUUAUGAACUUGCUGCUUCAUUUCGUUGUCCGGCGUUCUAAUUAAAUGGCACUUAUUUCCCCUCCCCCAAUUAGGAACGUCCUUGGACACACAGAAAUGAGGAUGGAGCAGGAUUACGCUAGCUACUAAUAUACUGGUUUCAUUAUUUUGUAAAAGGCAUUAGAUGGUGCAUUUCAUUUGGUCUUGGCAAAUGACCUAUUAAUAACUUAUUAAUUCAGCCUAACUAUAUAUGAGCCUCUUUUGCCUAUAUCGUUAAGAAAUUGUCUGAUCUUCUCUGCUUGUCAUAUGGAAUUAGUCAAAAUGCUCAGAUUUUCCAGUCAAAAUGAAUUGUCUGAAAAACCAUUUUUUUUUUUCAUGCUCCUCAAGCAUAAGGAGUGGUGGUUUUAGACAGUUGUCAAGCAUAUACAAGCAAGUACUAGUGGCCAAGCAAGGGCUGCUAGAUUUAAAGGGGUUCUGUGGAAUUUGGAAUAAAUCGAAAGUCUAUGGACAAGUGUGGAACUUUUUCUCUGCAGAGAGAUCAAAUCCUUUUUCUAAUCCCAGACAAUCCCUUUAAACCAGGCAUCCUCAAACUGCGGCCCUCCAGCUGUUGCAAAACUACAACUCCCAGCAUGCCCAAACAGCCUACAGGUAUCAGCCUACAGCAGGGCAUUGUGGGAGUUGUAGUUUUACAACAGCUGGAGGGCCACAUUUUGAGGAUGCCUUCUUUAAACUAUCACUAACCUGAAAUAUUAGAAAUCCAUUUGACUGGUGAAUAAGGUGGAUUUCUUUGUUUGUUACAUGUUAAGUUACGAGAAAUCCAUUUUCUUGGAUUUCCCUAUGAACAUAUUUUUUGCUUAAAUAGAAGCAUAAGUACAAGUGAAACUGCACAUUUAAGGUCAAUUGCACCCUAAAGGUUUAUAGAAAUGAGUGUCGUUGGCAUCCAUGUUUUAUUUGUUCGUCAUAUAGUAUCAGCUGAGAUUCCCCAGUUGGUCUAAAAGCUCCUUUCACCUCUGUCUGGGCAAAAAGGAAGUGCAAAAUGGCCUGGGCCCUACGAUAUACAGCCCCAGACAUUUGGCACUGGUCCUCCUCCCACCCUUGGGGUCUACUCAUGCUAUUUAAGAACCACCUCCCAUACACUAGUGCCAAACUCCAAUUCCAUGCACCUUAGUUCAUCAUUUGUCUUUCUGAUGUGAUCUUGCAUUAUUUACUAUUUAUUGACUAGCAUUUUUUAAUGGGACUGCCAGGUCCAGUAGAUUACGGGUAGAAUAUUUAAAAUUCUGGUUUACAGAUGACACUCCUGUAUGUCUCGCUGCAUUACCACAGUGACAAGAUUAUUAAAUGUGCACUCCUGUUACCUGCUUUUCAUAGCUCCGUGUUUGUCUGUCCCAGUGUGUACAUAAUGUAUGUCUACAUAAAUACACUAAAUUGUCUGGUUUCUGAGCUUUAUAAAAUGCCAAAAAGGACACUUAACCUUUUUCUAUUUACGGAUUUUGAUAAAUGAACAGUUCUGUAUCCUCUGCUCCCUUUUGUUAUUAUUGCUGAUCUAUAGAGUUGUUGUUUUUUUAACAAAACCCUCUUGUUUUAUUGGGAUAAAUUGAGAAGAGCUAUACUGGUCAUUUCACUUUUGCUGUAUACUACAGUUAACGCAACGGAUAUAUCGGCCUUUACUGGAUGGCAGCAGAAUUGGAGGGUUUGAUGAUUUAAAUUCUUAGGAAUCUAUAAGACUGUUUGAAUGGACAUUUUUUACUGCUUGAGAUGACAUUACAAAUGGCAGAGGAAAGAUCUGCUAUGAAUAUGGGUAUGACGUUGAUGCCAUCUUAUACAUCAGCUUGUUCUGUGCAAAAGGGCAAACGUGGUCUAACCUUUCAGCAGCUUUCCUCAACGUUGUCAAAGACGUUAUCCAAUUUUUCUGCUUUGCAAUCCAGUAAAGCUUCAGAAAGAAAAGUACUGGCCAGAGAUGAUCACUACCUCUGGUACAUAAAUCGAAAAAAAAAAAAAAAAAAAUCUAUGGAAUUGAUGCAUUGCUAAUAAAUAAAAAAAAUAAUAUAAAUGGAUUAAAAAUUUUUUUUCCAAAUGUUCUUGUUAAGAAAAAAAAAUAAAUAUAAAAAUAACCUGGUCAAUUUGUUACAUUAAAAUUACAUGCUGUGUGUAAAUUAUUCAUAAAAUAUUCCUGUGUUUAUAUUAAAUGAAUCAGUAGAUAAGAAGAAAUUUUCAACAUGUUUUUGUAUAUUCUGUUGUAAGAAUUUAUUCCUGUUCUUGCUAUAUAAUCUGAAUUCUUUACAUUAUUGGAAAAAAAGAAACUUUGUCUAUUUUGAAUGGCUGAACCUAAGGCAGUUUAGUUUCUCUUACUCUGCUUUUUUUCUAGUAGUUCCAGUACUACAAGAGUUAAGUUAAAUAAAAUAAAUCUGUAUGCAUCUUUG